AUGGUCACAGACCCCGACCACGUCCUCGUCGACCAGGCACAGGCCGAACAACCCGCCCCGAUCGCAACAAAACCCCUUCCCACCCAGGAAACCGCCGACGAAGUCCCUCUCGAGGUCUCCUACGCUGACGCCGUCACCGCUCACCACACUGCCCAAGCCGCUGAGCCUGCUACCCACCACCAGGCCGCCGAAGAUGUCUCCGCCGCUGAGCCUGCUUCCGACUUUAUCAAGGACACCACCAAGAUCACCGUCCUGGACUUUGAGAACAACUCGGCUGCGUCUGUGACCGAGUCGGUCACUGUCGCUAGCGAGGGAAAGCUUUCUGCUGCGAACGCUGGGGAUCAGGGGAAGCCCCCUGCCCCAUUGAAAAAGAAGCGAUCGGUUUCCAAGCUUGUUCAGAUGUUUGAGACUGGAACUGUUAUACCCCCGACUCGCACCGAUUCUCAGGACGUAGGCGAUGUCGCUGAAAACAAGACUGAGAGCGAACCUGUUGCGGCCGAGGAUGAGAAAGCCGCUACCGAGAACGUUACCACUGAGGCGCGUGAAACCACCAAAGACGUGGCAGCCACUGCGGAAUCUGAGAAGGAGCUCCCCAAGGACGAGACGAAUGCUACGCCCGUCAUCGACGUCGUUGACGAGGAAAAGACCGCCGCGCCCGUUUUGGAAGCCCGUGAAGUCGAAGCCGAGCAGGCCACUGCGGAAUCUGAGAAGGAGCUCCCCAAGGACGAGACGAAUGCUACGCCCGUCAUCGACGUUGCUGACGAGGAAAAGACCGCUGCGCCCGUUUUGGAAGCCCGUGAAGUCGAAGCCGAGCAGGCCACUGCGGAAUCUGAGAAGGAGCUCCCCAAUGACGAGACGAAUGCUACGCCCGUCAUCGACGUUGUUGAGGAGGAAAAGACCGCCGCGCCCGUUUUGGAGGCCCGUGAGGUCGGAGCCGAGCAGGCAACUGAAGAGGCUACUCCGGAAGAGCCACCCAUGGACGAGACGCAUGCCACUCCCGUCAUCGACGUUGUUGACGAGGAAAUGACCGCCGCGCCCGUUUUGGAAGCCCGUGAAGUUGAAGCCGAUCAGGCAACUGAAGAGGCCGCCUCGGAAGAGUCUACCGACGAUGUCCCCUCCACUAUCGACCUCCAAAAGACUCUUGAUGAACAUUUGAAGCUUUCGUACGAGCUCCAGAGUCAGUGGGAGGCUGCUUUGGCCUCUGCUGCCGAGUCGGAGAAGGAGCAUGCUGUGUCUGCGGAGGAUGUGCGUGACGAGAAGGAGCAGAAGGGAGAACCCAAGGAUGCCAUCACCGACAAGGUAGAUGCCGCCGCCGUAGAGGAGUCGCACGCUUACACGGUUGAUCACCAGAAGACCAUCGACGAACAUCUCCAAAUGUCUUACGAUCUUCAGAAGGAAUGGGAAGCUUCCCAGAACGCUGCCAACGAGGCAUCUACCGUCGCCCACGAGGAGGAGCAACCCCGGGAUAUCAAGACAGCCGCCCCAGCUGAGCAUGAGGAAUCCGCGCGCCCGCCUAAGCGCGAUCUUGACGCUGUCUUCCAGGACACCGUCGUGCCUGCAAAGCGUGGCGUAGCAGCCGUUGCAGCCGCAGAGGACCCUGCAAGCAAGAAGGCCAACUUGAUGGCCGACGACGAAGAGAAGCCUGAGCCUGCGCAGAAGGAAGUGACCGAUGCACCAGUCGCUGCUGCUGACGAAGACACUGUCACUCCCGUCAUUGAUGUUGUUGACGAGGAGGGCACUGCUGCACCCGCUUUGGAGGCCGGCGAUAUCAAGGCUGAGCAGGCUAGUGAAGAAGCUGUCGACUCGACCGCUGCCCACGCCGAAGCUGCCCCUGCUCUGGAGCCCGAGGUGGCUGGGGAACCCGUCGAGACUGACCGCGAGGUUCCCGCCCCCGUCGAAGUUGACAGCGACGUCCCCAUCCCCGUUGAAGCUGACCGCGAGAUCCCCGCCUCCACCGACCCCGAGGCGUCUCCCUCAAUCGAUGUCGUUGACGAAGAAAAGACCGCUGCUCACGCAUUGGACGCCCGCGAAGCUGAAAACGACCAGGCCAAUGACGAAGGCAUCCACGCCCCUGCAGCCGUCGAUCGCGAGUCCUCCACUCGCGCCGAGGAAAUUCCCAUCCCGUCGGAGCACCAGACCACCGACUCCCAUGUCGCUGAACAACAAGAGGAAGCUACCAAUACUCCCGUUAUUGACGUUGUCGACGAGGAAAAGACGGGCGCGCCCGCAUUGGAGGCUUUGGAGGAAAAGGCCCAACAUGCGAGCGAGGAUGCAGUUGAGGACCGCCACCACCACCAGGCUUCUGAGGAGGUGGAGGAGCCUGUUGUCCCCGAGCGCGACCCUGCUUCCGGGAAAGCUGAAGAGCCCGCUGUCGCUGAGCGUGAACUUACUCCGGAGAAGACUGAAGAGCCCGCUGUCGCUGAGCGUGAAGUUACUUCGGAGAAGACUGAAGAGCCUGCUGUCGCUGAGCGUGAACUUACUUCGGAGAAGACUGAAGAGCCUGCUGUCGCCGAUCGUGAAAUCGCUUCCGAGAAAGCUGAAGAGUCGACCCCAGUCAUUGAUGUCGUCGAAGAAGAGAAAACUGCUGCUCCCGCUCUCGAUGCCAUUGACGCUAAAGCCGAGCACGCUAGCGAACACGCGGUCGAGUCCACCCACGAGGCUGACAACCGUCAGAUCCAACCCGCCGACGGGGGUCACGAACACGAGAAGCAGGCUACACAGGAGGCUACGGAGCCCAUCGCCACCGCCGACGAGCCUGCUCCCUGCAAAGAAGCCGAACAGCCCGUCGUCCCCGAUCGCGAGCUUGCCGACGAUGCCAUCGCUACUCCCGUCAUUGACGUCGUUGAUGAAGAAGCCACCGCGGCUCCUACUCUGGAUGCUCUGGACGCCAACGCUGAGCACGCUGCCGAGGAUGCUGUCGAGCCGCACCACGUUGCUGCUGACCGCGAGAUUCAGGAGGACACUCCUGUUGAACACGAGGAGAGCAAGGUGGUUGAGGAGCCUGUGGCCGCUGACCGUGAAAUCCCUGCCCACAAAGAGGAAUCUACCCCCGUCAUUGACGUCGUUGAUGAAGAGACUACUGCUGCGCCCGCGCUGGAUGCGCGUGAGGAGAAAGUUGAGGAGGCCCACGAGGAGGCCGUUGAGCACCACGAGGACACCGUGGACCGUCAAGUUCCUUCCGUCCAUGAAAAGCAGCCCGCCGCGCCUGCUGAAGCCCCGGAGCCCACCGCCGCCGCUGUUGACCGCGAGAUCCCGUCCCACCACGAGGAGGAGUCCGCCGCACCUGCUGAAGCUCCCGCUGCUGCUGAGGAAGAGAUCCCCACCAAGCAAGACGAAUCCACCCCCGUCAUUGACGUCGUUGAUGAAGAGACCACCGCCGCGCCUGCUCUUGGCGCGCGUGACGAGAAGGUUGAGGAGGCUCACGAGGAAGCUGUUGAGCACCACGAGCGUGAGACACCGGCUUCCGAGCAGGUUGCUGAGGACGUCCAUGACGACGCUGCUCCUGUCGCGGCUCCUGUGAAGGAGGAAGAGGUGGCACCCGUUACUGAUGUUGUUGAUGAGGAGAAGACUGCGGCGCCGGCUUUGCAUGCGUUGGAGUCUGAGGGUGUCAAGCGUGAGGUGCCCGCGGCUGAGGAGACUGAGCGCGCUGCGAAUGAGGAAGAGCAGGUCCCUGCACCCGUUGAGGACAAGCACACCGAAACCGUCGAGCAGCCCGCUGAGGUCGCCGACCGUGAAAUCCCACAGGAGGAGAACUCCGCCGCCGCCGUGGAGCAGAAGCAGGAGGAAACCACACCCGUCAUUGAUGUCGUUGAGGAAGAAACGACCGCGGCGCCUGCUUUGGAUGCGAUUGAGGAUAAGGCUGUUGAGGAGGCGAGCGCUGUAGAGACGGAGCGUGAUGUGAAAGAGGAGGAGGCUACACCUGUGAGCGGCGAGCAGGUUGAGACGCCUGUGGCGGAUGUGAAGGAGGAGGAAGGUACCCCCGUGAGCAGCGAGGAGGUUAAAACUCCUGCGGCGGAGCGCGAUGUGAAGGAGGAGGAAGCUACCCCCGUACACACCGAGGAAGCCGCUACCCCUGUCAUCGACGUGGUUGACCAAGAAACGACGGCCGCUCCUGUUCUGAAUGCUCUGGACAGUCAUGCCGAGUCCAAGGCCGAGGAUGCUCUCCCUACCCCUGCUCCCGCUCACCAUGAACCCGAAUCCAAGCCCGCUGACCGUGAGAUUCCCCAAGCUCAUAACGAGAACGCCGUCACCGAGGAGCAACCCGCCUCCGUCACCGGUGACAAGUCCGAACCAGCCAGCGAAACUGCCACGCCCGCCAUCGACGUCGUUGACGAAGACACCACCGCUGCGCCGGCGUUGGAGGCUCGUGAGGCUCAAGCGGACGACAAGAUCGACUCCACCCUUCCUGCACGUGAGGAGGAACAGACCGCCGCUGAGCCCGAGCACGCGCAGACGGAACGCGAGGUUCCCCAGACUUCUAGCGAUGUCGUCGAGAACAAGGACGUCGCUGCUGAGGAAGAAGCGCACACCCCCGAGACCAAACCCGAUGCCAAGGAAGAGGAAGUCGUCUCCCCCGCACAAGAAGAAGCUGAAGCCGACAAGACCGCGGAGUCCCCCCGCGACGUCACGGACGAGACACCCAACUCCAGGGAACCGUUGGUCGAUAUCGUCACGGACGAGGUCACGGUCGCCGCCGCUGUCGAGCCUGAGGUGCCUGUCGCGCCGGCUGGUAGAGGGUACUGUCUUAUUAUGUAG